GGGACUGAUGGCGGCGUCCGCGGAGCUGGCCGGAGGGGGCGUUCGGGAAGCCGCGGGCACGGUGGAAGAACGAGUUCUGGAACCCGGAGCCGCCCCGUUCGGCAACUUCCCUCAUUAUUCCCGCUUCCACCCUCCGGAGCAACGGCUCCGCCUCCUGCCCCCGGAGCUGCUUCGACGGCUCUUUCCUCCCGAGGGUCCCGAGAAGAGGGCGAUCCUGGGGCUCGACGUGGGGUGUAACUCCGGGGAUCUGAGUGUGGCUCUGUACAAACACUUCCUUUCCUUGCGUGACGGGGAGACCUGCUCAGAUGCCUUAGGAGAUCUCCGUCUCCUCUGCUGUGACAUAGACCCGGUGCUGGUGGCGCGAGCUGAAAAGGAGUGUCCUUUCCCGGAUGCCUUGACCUUUGUCACCCUGGACUUCAUGAAUCAGAGGACCCGCAAGGCUCUCUUGAGUUCUUUCUUAAGCCAGUUUGGACGUUCGGUUUUCGACAUCGGCUUCUGCAUGUCCGUAACCAUGUGGAUUCACCUGAAUCACGGGGACCGUGGCCUGAGGGAGUUCCUGGCCCAUCUCGCCUCCCUCUGCCGCUACCUCCUUGUGGAGCCGCAGCCCUGGAAGUGUUACCGGGCCGCCGCGCGGCGUCUGCGAAAGCUGGGACUCCAUGACUUUGACCACUUCCAGUCCCUCACCAUCCGAGGAGACAUGGCCGGGCAGAUUGGGCAGAUCCUGACCCAGGAGCACGGCAUGGAGUUGGUAUGCUGCUUCGGCAACACCAGUUGGGACCGCAGCCUCCUGCUCUUCCGGGCAAAACCAUAGACUCAUCCCACCCAGGAUGUCCGGGAGAAGGGGGAGAAAAGGAACAGAUUGAGAUUCUGGAAGCACUAAGAUGGGAGGGCAGGAAGACCCAAGACAGAGACAAGAGAGUUUUUAUCCGGGGAAUUGUGGCCGCUCUCCUUAGCCGUCAGGCAGCCUGGCAGAAGAUUUGGCGGCAGUUCGAAGGUCUUUUUGAUCAGAGGAAUCGGUCUGUUCCUGUUGCUAUGGAGGAGGAUGAAUCCAUGAGACACUGAGCUGGGAAAUCUAGAUUGUGAUAGCCCAGAAAGCGGUCCUAGUUGUAGAAUAUGGAAGACGCUGCUUUGGGGGUUCCUUAUUUAUAAAGAUCAGAGCAGGGCUAGCCUUAGAACGUAUCCAUUCCUUGGAUUCCUUAGAUCUGUUCUGGAUUUGCUAAGCCCACCUUUGGGCAGAACUUCACAAUGGAACCUAGAACAAAGGGUCAAUGGCCUGGCUGAAGUCAGGGUUUAGUAGGAAAAGAGUCUGAUCUUUCUAGAGCAGGUCGUCAGGCCCCUCCCGUACCCAGGCUUGCCACAGCAGUUACAGACAGUAGACAAGGUGCGUUGACUGGCAUUUAAAAAGAUAUUCCAGGGGCCAGCUCUGUAGUGCAGCAGGUUAAAGCCCCACUCUGCAGCAUCAUCAUCCCAUAUGGGUGCUGGUUCGAGUCCCAGCUACUCCACUUCUGAUCCAGCUCUCUGCUAUGGCCUGGGAAAGCAGUGGAAGAUGGUCCAAGUGCUUGGGCUCCUGCACCCAUGUGGGAGACCCAGAGCAGGCUCCUGGCUUUGGAAUGGCUCAGCUCUGGCCGUUGCAGCCAUCUGAGGAGUGAACCAGUGGAUGGAAGACCUUUCUCUCUGCCUCUGCCUCUCUGUAACUCUACCUUUCAGAUACAUAAAUAAAUCUUUUAAAAAUAAAUAAAAAUAAAAAGAUAUUCCAAAGAUUUAAAUUGUGAACCCAAAGACAGUGCUUCAGGUCAGAGUAGGGCUUAUAUUGUUUUACUGGCGUAAAAUGUUGAA